UUGACAAAGGAGACGCUCAGAUGUGGACACAAGAGAUUCAGUGCAGAGGAAAUGAGUCUCAGAUUCAUCUCUGUCCAACAUUACCAUCAAAUGAAAACAACUGUUCACACGACAAUUGUGUUGGACUGGUGUGUACAGACCGUGUGAAUGUGAGGUUGGUUGGUGGUCACAGUCGCUGUGCUGGUAGAGUGGAGGUUCUUCACAGAGGUCAGUGGGGAACAGUGUGUGAUGAUUUAUGGGAUAUGGCUGAUGCUGCAGUGGUGUGUAGAGAGCUGGACUGUGGAGAACCUGUAGAUGCUCUGGGUGCUGCUCAUUUUGGAUCAGGAUCAGGACAGGUCUGGAUUAGUUAUGUCAUGUGUACUGGAUCAGAGUUCACACUGAAGAACUGUGGGUCAGAAGGAUGGGGUAAACAUAACUGUAAUCAUACUAAAGAUGCUGGAGUCAUCUGCACAGGUAAACUACUUCCAACUGGUCCAUAGUGAUUAGUCGCUUGCCUUA